AUGAAAGACGAAUUGUCAAACACCGGCCUUUUGACCGCCGAGGAGACAUCCUGGAAAGAGCAGAAGCCCCAGCGACCGCGAUGGCAUUGGAUCGUCGCACUUGUUUCCUCACUCCUCAUCACUAACUUCCUAACCUUCAUUGUCACUUUCAAAACCGCAUCCAUACCCUAUGUUUCUGUUGCCACUCCCCCGAAAGGAGUUCCGAGGAUCCUAUCAAAGAUUCCAAAGAAACCAGGGCCGAAAUUCUUGAACUCGACGUUCUACGAUCAGAACGACGACAUACUAUGGAAACACUCGUCGCACGAAGUCGAGCAGGCUUGGCAUAAUUUGACUCAGGGUGGAGGCGGACUCCUCAUGAUAUCGAAAGAAGACGCUGCGCAGGCCGACAUCGAUCCCAAGAGGCAUGCGUACUGGAACAAUCCAGAGGCCGGCCUAGUCGGUUAUCCGGUCGGAAUAGAAGUACUUCACCAAGUUCAUUGUUUGAACCUCAUACGGGCAAACUUAUACUACAAUCGUGGGUUUACGGAGAAGAACUGUGAAUACACUGCUUGCGGUGUUCCAGAAGACUACGCACAACUCCACAUAGACCAUUGCGUAGACUUGAUUCGAUCUCGUCUCAUGUGCACGGCUGAUGUUGGUAUCGUUCCCAUGAUCUGGCUAGGUGACAAGGGCAGGAUCACGGGUGAUAUGGGUAGAAUGCAUACGUGUCGCAAUUAUGAUGCAGUGCGACAAUUUGCCAUCGAUAAUGCCCGAGGAGUGCCGGAGCUGGGUGUGGUAAAGCCAGCAAAGGACGACUUCCGUGUGGACGAUUACAUAUAA